AUGGUGCUUCUUUUUCCGAUUGCGAUAGUGACAACGAUGAUGGCGGCAGCUGUCAACAUUUUACUUUCAAAGCUUUGCACAAUAAGAAGUGCAAGACAUGUAGCAAAACUGACAGGGGAGAUUUUGUCGUCUGGAAAAUUUCUAGUGGAUAUAUUUGAAGACCACGUGGCCAGGAACCCCAAGAAAACCUUCAUUAUCCACGAGGGUAAAAUGUACAGCUACGAGAUCGUGAACGACAUGGCUAACAGAGUGGCAAACCUGGCCUUGACCUGGAACCUCGCCCCCAAUGCCACUGUAGCCACGAUGAUCUAUAAUGAAGCCGCUUUCGUGUGGACAUUAUUAGGCCUGAUGAAAGUUGGGCUGUCUGACGCCUUCAUCAACUAUCAUCUGACAGCGAAACCAUUGUUGCACUCUCUUAAUGUCAGCAACGCCAAAGUCAUCAUCAUCGGGGCAGGUGAAGAACUGUUGAAAUCACUUAUAGAGAUCAAAGAUGCGCUGCCAGCCGUACCUGUAUACGUUCAGGGAAAGGCCCAGGGAAGUCUACCCCCUGGCAUACUUUCAUUUGAUGACGCCAUCUUGCGCACACUGCCAGUUAACGUCUGUAAAUCCGCCAGAUCACACGUGAAUAUAACGUCCCCUCUGUGUUUUAUAUACACAUCUGGAACAACAGGACUUCCAAAACCAGCGAUCAUCAAUCAUGCCAAAUCUAUUUGGGCGUCAGUGAUCUACGCCAUGUUUGAUUUCAGCUCCAGUGACGUAGUAUAUGUUGUCACACCUCUGUACCACAGCGCCGCCACGUUACUCUGCCUUUUCAACGUGUUAAACCAAGGGGCUACAUUAGUGUUGCGAAAAAAGUUUUCUGCCAGCCACUUCUUCGAGGAUUGUCGUCUUUACGACGUUACCGUCUUACAAUACAUAGGAGAGCUCCUCCGGUACAUUCUUGCACUUCCGCGGACUCCUCUUGACUCCGUCCAUAAGAUCCGAGUUGCCUUCGGAAAUGGUCUAAGACCGGACAUCUGGACAGAGUUUCAGAAACGCUUCAACAUUCCUUGGAUCAUAGAAAUGUUUGGGGCUACGGAAGGCACUGGAGUAUUAGUGAAUACUACCCAAAAGGUCGGGGCCUUAGGGCGGCUGUCACCCUUGAUGCGAUGGGCAAGUAAAGAUCAAUUCGGGGACAUCCAUAUCAUACGGUAUGACCCAAUUGAGGACACCCCAAUGCGCGACAAAGCAGGUCACUGCAUCAAAAUCCAACCAGGUGAACAGGGCCUGCUUCUAACCCCAAUACCGGAAACAUACACUGGGUUCUAUAAGGGUGACGAAAAACUGAGCGAGACGAAAAUUCUUAGAAAUGUGUUCGAAGACGGUGACAAAUACUUCAACUUUGGAGAUAUUCUUUACUUGGACAAGGACUACUAUAUCUACUUCAGGGACCGUGUCGGGGACACUUUCAGGUGGAAAGGCGAAAACGUAUCGACACGAGAGGUUUGUGACGUCAUCAGCACUCUCGACUUCGUUCAAGACGUCAACGUAUACGGGGUACAAAUGCCAGGUACGGAAGGAAGAGCUGGGAUGGCUGCUAUAACUGUGAAAGACAAUAAAGACGUUACUCCCGCUAUGCUGCAGUCAUUGUACAGACUAUGCCAGAACGACUUACCUAAUUACGCCCGGCCAAUAUUCAUCCGAUUUCAGAAGACAUUUCUCGUGACGCAGACGAUGAAACACCGGAAACUCGAGCUGGUAGAAGAAGGGUUUGAUGUUGACAUGAUCAAGGAUCCAAUGUAUUACAUAGACAAUGAUAAGAAGACGUAUUCCCGUCUAACUCAGUCUUCAAAGGAAAGAAUACUUCAUUCCAGACUAUAAUAUUUUACUGCUAAUCUGUAUCUCUGUACUUUUAUUUAAAGUAACCUUUUAAUCAGAAAUGAUAUCUACAUAUAUAUACCAAAGAAAAUAUAUACAUCCGGUUUGAAAAAAAUGAACUAGUGUUUACGGAAUGGACCUACAUAGGCUGAAUCUUGAUUAUGUUUCUGAUGUUGUAUUUUCAGGAGGAAACCUUUUGUCAACCCACCUGACAAUAAUGCUUAUUACAUUCUGACCAAUGAAAUAUCAGAAAUUAUCAACGUAAUACAAAACAGAUAAGUGACUUUAAGAUCCGAAUGAAGCAAAUGUAAAGUAAUCAGUUUGCUGCUCUUCUGCAAAAUACAUUGCAGUUUGUAAUGACAUACUCAUUUCACAAGUUAUUCAAGCAGCAAAAUGUAGCAGAUAAUAUGAGUAAAGUGAAGCUGUUUUGUUGUCACGCCUAAAAAAUCAAGACUACGGUGUAAAUGAUUAUGUUAUUGAUCCCCGGCCUUUUUCGACGCCUAUAUUAUUCUCUUUUCAUCUUAAAAAAACUCAA